AUGUCCGGCGGCAAUAGCGGCAGCGGUGGCGAUGCCACGCUUUUCGAAGAGAGCUUCACCGUGACCGAUUACGACCAGUCCAAGUACGAUCGCGUCGCGCGCAUCUCGUGUACUUCGACCGACUCGCAGACCGUCAUGGUCCUCGACAUCAACAUCGAACUGUUCCCGUGCAACGUGUCAGAUUCCCUGCAUGUCGUUCUGACCACGACCCUCUCGCCCGAUGGCACCAAGGAGGACGACAAAGGCUGGCGCGAUGUAGGCAAGGGCGGCGAUGCGCCCGCCACCAUCGCCGACCUCUACGAUUACGUGUGCCACGGCAAGAUUUACAAGUUCGAGGAGACGUACGAUGGAAACACAAUCAACGCAUACGUCUCGUUCGGCGGUCUCCUCAUGUCGCUUCAGGGUCCCGUAAAGAAGCUCACGCCGCUGCGGGUUGACAAUGUCUAUCUGCUCAUCAAAAAAUAG